AAAUGUAUCAGAAUUCAUAUUCCUUUUUCUCAUGUCCAUUCCAUCCAUACCUGGAUCCUAUCUCCACAUAUGACCCUUCAUCUGAUCCCCAGGGCCAACUAUUUACAUACAUUCCAUCAUCUGAUCCUUCAAGUCCUCAUACUAUCCUGGGCAAAUAAAUGGUUGUCCAAUCUUUUCUUGAAAACCUCCAGUGAUGGAGCAACCCACAAUUCCUGUUCCACUGAUGAAUCGUUUUCACUGUCAGUAAUUCUUCCUUGUUUCUCCCAAAUCCAUAAACAGAAAGUGAAAUAUUUUUUUUAAAGGCUGUUGUGAAAUUUCCCAUUAUUAUUUUUUUGAGUCAUAGCUCACCUGUAGGGAGAUAAGCCAAAUGUCCUUAAGGCAACAGGUCAGGACAAGUCAAGUCAGAUCCAUAGGUCUUCAGUUAGACUGAUAGAACUUUGCUUUCAAUGUUGGUUAAGGAUAUUUCAAUCUUGCCUCUCCCCCAAGUUGUGAUUUCAAAGGAUAGCAGUUUUUAAUUACACUUCCAAGUCUAGUAAAAGAAGAAAAUAAGAGCUGGAAAGGUUCAUUGGGUCAUCAUGUCCAACUGUGUAGCUGAAGAAGAAAUAUAAUUGAAAUUCAGUUGAAUGCAAUGGAGAUCUCCACAGGAAACAAACAUGGUAUUUCAAUUAGUAAAUUUCAGGCUCCUAGGCUGCUCGAAGGAGACAACCAACGAUGGGGGAACAAAGAUAGAGAAUGAGGUAAUGGCAGGAGCAUCUGAGAAGGAUCUUUUGUGAGAGAGCGAAAUGGCGACUCCGUAGCCCAAGAUGAAUGGCUUCUGAGGGGCGUCUUUGUGUGGCACGGCUGGACGGGGCAUUUCUCUCUAGAGGACCCUCCGAAAGAGAAAAUGGAUCUCCCUUUCCUCUUGCCAGUCUCCACCAAGAUGACCUCAUUCAUUUGGAGGACAAUGGAGAGUCUGGGCCUUUAAGUUCAUAGCCAUUACCUCAUCGUCUUCGUGGGGGCCGCAGAUUAAAAAGCAAAGCCUUGCUCCAGUUCAAGCGCCUGUGGUUGUCAUGGCGGAUGAAAUGAAUGGUGCUCAGCUCAUCCCCGGAGAGAGGCUGGUGACUUGGCUGGAAAGCAGCAUGGAGAAAUUGCUCCUGAUUGACAGCCGCCCCUUUGUGGAAUACAACAUGUCCCAUAUCUUGGAGGCCAUCAACAUCCAUUGCUCCAAGCUCAUGAAGCGCAGGUUGCAGCAGGAUAAGGUGCUGAUCACCGAACUUAUUCAGCAUUCGGCAAAACAGAAGGUUGAAAUCGAUGGCAAACAGGAAGUCGUGGUGUAUGACCAAAGCUCAACAGAUCUGGCUACUGUCCCUCCCGAUUCCUUCUUGUGUCUCCUGCUGAGAAAAUUGGAGAAAAGCUUCAGCUCUGUUCACCUGCUUGCAGGUGGAUUUGCUGAAUUUUCCAAUUGCUUCCCUGGCCUUUGCGAAGGAAAAUCUAUCCUGGUGCCUUCCUGCAUUUCUCAACCUUGCUUACCGGUUUCCAACACGGGACCCACCCGGAUUCUCCCCCACCUGUACCUGGGAUGCCAAAGAGACGUCCUCAACAAGGAGCUCAUGCAACAGAAUGAGAUUGGCUAUGUGUUAAACGCCAGCAAUACGUGUCCCAAACCUGACUUCAUCCCAGAGUCCCACUUCUUAAGGGUGCCGGUGAACGACAGCUUCUGCGAGAAAAUCUUUCCCUGGCUGGACAAGUCCGUGGACUUCAUAGGUAAAGGUUUGAGUUAACCAGGGGUCUCUUUACAACUCCAGGAAUGCAUUUCCAUCCACUCGUUUUCGGGUAGGGUUCUAGGUUAUUGAGAAAGGCUCCCACCCGAGCAGCAGCAGAAACAUUCAGGGAGCGUCAGAAGUCAAGGACUGCAACUGCAUAACCAAAGCCACAACUCAUUUUCAAAAGGUGUGCGAAUUGGGCAGUUGUAGCUGCCAUCUUGACUUUCUGAUCCCCUCCUGCAGAUGCCUCUGGUGUAGCAGAGAAGGCAGGCAUGUCACAAUUAUUAGAAAUUGGAGGACACGGGAGUGCGGAGUGGCACCUAGUUGCCAAUUCCUUAAAUGAGUGGUGUCUUUCCCAUGUGCCUGCUUUCCAUAAAUGCUGAGUUGACAUGCAACCAUAGGGAAAACAUGCUUGGUUUUUAGGAGUGCCACGGAUUACUUUUCGAACACGAGAAGUUCCUUCUUCUUCUCCAAUUUCAGCUAUUUUUUUCUCAGGGAUGUUUUUUUUUUAUAGCCGAUUCGUUAAAAUGUUGUAGAAGAACAAGCCUAGGGCUGUCGAUCAUCUUGAAUUUUUUUUUUUUUUUGACCACAUCCUGCAAAUAUUCCUGGAUAAACAGGAGAUCCGGUCUGUGUUCCCAUCAUCCCUCUGGAGGGAGGCUUGCGGAGGCCUUGAGGUAGUUAAAUUUGGGGUGAAGCACAAAGAAUACAUCCAGUCUGCUAUGUUCUUGAUGACUUUUCUGUCUGAAAUGAUGAGUACGUUGCCUUAUAUAACCUCCACAGUCAAAGUAUGCAGGUAGCCAUAUCUACAUAAACAAGUCAUUUGU